CCCCGCUGCGCGAUGGAUGUGUCAGCAGCAGCGGAGCCGGCUCUGCCGCCGCCUGCGUCCCUCGCUUCUCCUCCCGCCAGUGGGCUGCCUUUUUUUGUCUGACUGGCUCCGUCCGCUAUUUUUUCUGAGGGGGGGGGAUGUCCCUGAAUGGGUAGAAACCUGAAAGAAUUAUUCCCUGCUUUGGAGGUCUGGGAUCAGCGGGGGAGAGGGAGGCAGGGGGCUCCCAGCGGCAGUGGUCCAGCGAGAAGGAAGAGGGGCGCUAGCAGGGUCCCCAUGGGGGCUUCUUUGGCUUCCCGGGCAGUCUGCCGAAGAGGCGGGUGAAGAUGAGCUGCUGCCUGCCCUGCAGAAGGACCACGGAUGCCCCAAGGAGACCCGGCGGAGCCGCUCUUCCCUCCUCCUCCUCCUCCUGGCUCAGCUUCCUCCCUUCCUCCGUGGAUUUCUGGGCAUCUCAGCGUUUCCAGCAGCAUCCUCAACUUUAUGCCUGCUGCCGAGGGAGGACUUUGGGGCUGAGGGCUGCCCCUGCCUUUCCCUGGGGGGCCGCUGGAAGGCUGCCUUGGGGGGUGGGGUCAGAUCUUUGUUUCCAGCUCCUCUUUGAUUUCCCCAAGUUCCCCUUUAGUUUGAAUUGGUGUUUUCGUGCGUUUUUCCCCUGAAAGCUGCAAGAGUACCAGCCCUUCACCUGGCAGCAGCCGGCUUCCCUGGGAGUCCAGCCCUGGAUGCAGGGGCCUGCGCAGGCCAAGCAGGGGGGAGCGCACGUCUCGCUGCUGGGGGGCAUGAUGCGAGAGCGUCGGGGGGCCGCCGAUUAUGUACGCUCUCGGAAGGGUCCAGCGUCCAGGCGAUGAAGCUGCCGCUCUGCUGGAGAACUCCUCCCUUGGGAAACUUGUCGCCGCCGGGCAGCUGCUCCGGAGGCCCGGGGGCCCAGGGCUGCGGGAGGAGAAGAUGAAGAGGCUCCUCCAAGGCCCCGCCAGUGAGCUCUCCGUCACCCAAGGCCACCGGCAGAGGCUGUUUCCUGCAGAAGCAGAAGCAGAGGUGUUUCUCUGCGGGAUCCAGGGGAAAGCCGCCGCCGCCCACACCCCCUUCUCUGUUGGUCGGGAGAGCAGCGCCGGGCUCAGGCCGGCAAGCGACAGGGAGAUGAAUUCUGUGGAGCUGGGCUGGGAGGGGCUUGUCCCUGGGUCCGGUGAGCCGGGUCAGAAGAACCCAGGUGGACAUGGGAGGGGAUCUGCUCCAGACGGGCAAAACGCCACUGCUCUGAGCCUCCACCCAGGCUGGAGGGGGGCUGCUGAUGAGGGAGGGGGGCUCAGCACCCCCAGCAAGCACCCAGCGCGCACCUCCUGCCCCCCCGGGUCCAGAGACCGCUCUUCCGACGUGAUCGGCUAUAUCGUGGAAGAGCUGCAAGGGAUCAGCCGCAUCCAGACGGAGAUUGCCGAGCUCCAGCAGCACCUGGCCCUGAUCCGGGGCUCCGUGGACGAGGUCUCCAGCUGUGUCGACACGGUGCUGAGUGAGAUCGAAGGCCUGCAGGGCCCCCGCGGCCUCCCCGGCAAAGCCUCGCGGGGGCGAAGGACCAAAGCGCCCGCCAAAGAGCCCGUCCUGUAUUUUUACGGCAUCCCCGAGCAGGGGGGCGAGGACACGCGGGAGCUGGUCUGCGGCCUCCUGUCCAAGUACCACUGCCUCAACGGCCAGCUCUGGUCCGGCUGACCUCACGUCAGGAGGAAGGCCUCCCAAGAGCCUGACCAGCCCUGGCCAGCCAGCCAGCUCAGCCCAAGGCCUCCUGCAGUAGAGUGGAGGCUCAAGAGUGCUGAACAGAGAGACUUCAUUCUCCGGAAAUCGAUCCUUCUGCAAAGCGCUGGCAUCACCGUGGCCGCGAGUGGCGACCAGCCCACCCUGAAAUGCCCCGAGGGGGUGGGAGCCCAGUUGGACCCUUCGUCUUCUUCUCACCAGAAGCAACACAACAGGGGCGAGCUGAGCCUCGGGGGGGACGUGAUCAGGACGGAGGGAGAUGGUCAGUUCCAAGCGGACUCUUGCCCGGUUCCGGAGGGCCGAGCGGUCCAGGGCACGGGGGUCAGUCCUCCUUGCCUCACCCCGCCCUCCCUAGCCAAGAGCAGCAACUUGAUUGCAGAACUUGAAGAAACCGUGGGGAGGAUUGUGCAGAUCAUCAGCGGCAGCGAGCAGACUCUGAGGCCGAGCAGCUCUCCCCCUGCCUGUGCCCCUGAUGCCUUCCCCGGGCCGGAAGGCAGCACUGAGCCGGAAGACCCAGACAGGGGGAGCCCUUGGCCCUCUCCAGAGGAGCGCUUGGCCCUUGCAGGCCGGGCGAGUGGCCCUGGCGCAGAGGCCGAGGCCGCCUCCAAGGAGAGCCCCUCCCCUCUGGAAGGAGACCCGGCCGGGGGACAGACUCCAGGGGGGAGCGAGACAGACUGUGACGUCACCACCCUGGAGCUCCUCAGCCCCGAGCCGGUCAGCUUCGCGGAGGAGGCCCCGGUGGCUGAGGCGUUCUCCAGCGACGACGGGGCUGUGCAUAAGCUGGUUGGGAGCGGCGAGGCUCUCAAAGACAUGGUCCAGAUCGACCUGAAUGAGCAGGACCCGGCCAAUCAGAUCUUCCGGGACGUCUUGGAAAACUCCCAGUACUUCCUGGAACAUUCUCGGGACAGCGCUGACCUCGUAGACAUGAGGUUCUACACCAACAAACUGGGGAAAGCGCUGAACCACUUCCGGUCGGCCUUGCAGGUGGUCUUCCACAAGCUGGAGACGGGGGACCCCGACGCCCUCCUGGAAGGGGACAAGAGCUGCCAUGGGGGCCCGGAGCCGGCCCCCACCCUCUGGAGCGCCAGCGUACACAGCGGCCUGGAGAAUGUUCUGGAAAGUCCCCCCAGUCAGUCUUCCGAGAGCCAGGUGAUGGUUGCCGUGGGCAGCGAGAGCCCAGGCUCUGUGCAGGGGGCUCUCCCUGUGGUGCCCCUGCCCCUCGAAGAGGCUCCCGAUUCUGGUCUCGGGGACGUUCUAGAUUCCGAGAGCUCUGCUGGGCAGCCCCUGUCCCUUGACGAAGGCCAACAAGUCCCCAGUUCCAACCCCGAGCAGACCAACGGAGGCCGGCCCAUGAGCCUGGAGAAGGUGUGUGCCGAGACCAUCUACCUGAACAAGUGCAUCAACAACUUCAAAAACGUCCUGCGGGAAAAGCGACAAAUGCGUCGGAAGCUCCUGAAGGAGGUGGCCCAGGAGGCCAGCUGGACGUCUUCCGCGGAGGAGCUGCACUCAGAAGGAAGUAGAGGAGAACUGCAGGCUCAGGAUGACGACAGCCUCUCCAAGUCACCGUGGCUCAAAGCGGGGCCAGCUGGCGGCCUCUACGGCAUCGACAGUAUGCCUGACCUCCGCAAGAAGAAGCCCCUCCCGCUGGUCAGCGACUUGUCGCUGGUCCAGUCCCGGAAGGCCGGGAUCACCUCGGCCAUGGCCACCAGAACGUCUCUCAAGGACGAGGACCUGAAAUCUCACGUCUACAAGAAGACGCUGCAAGCCUUAAUCUACCCCAUCUCCUGCACCACCCCCCACAGCUUCGAGGUGUGGACAGCCACCACCCCCACCUACUGCUACGAGUGCGAGGGGCUCCUGUGGGGCAUCGCGCGGCAAGGGAUGCGGUGCAGCGAGUGUGGGGUGAAGUGCCACGAGAAGUGCCAAGACCUCCUCAACGCCGACUGCUUGCAGAGAGCAGCGGAGAAGUGCUCGAAGCAGGGGGCUGAGGAUCGCACUCAGAACAUCAUCAUGGCCAUGAAAGACCGCAUGAAGAUCCGGGAGAGAAACAAGCCCGAGAUCUUUGACCUGAUCCGAGACGUCUUUAGCGAGAGCAAGUUGGCCCACGCGCAGCAGAUGAAGACAGUGAAGCAGAGCGUGCUGGACGGCACCUCCAAGUGGUCGGCCAAAAUCACCAUCACAGUGGUCUGUGCUCAGGGCCUGCAAGCAAAGGACAAGACGGGUUCCAGCGACCCCUACGUCACCGUCCAAGUGGGCAAAACCAAGAAGCGGACAAAAACUAUUUUCGGCAACCUGAACCCCAUUUGGGAGGAGAAGUUCCACUUCGAGUGCCACAACUCUUCCGACCGGAUUAAGGUGCGGGUCUGGGAUGAGGACGACGACAUCAAGUCCCGCGUCAAGCAGAGGCUGAAGCGCGAGUCGGACGAUUUCCUGGGGCAAACCAUCAUCGAGGUGCGCACUUUGAGCGGGGAAAUGGACGUCUGGUACAACCUCGAGAAAAGAACGGACAAAUCUGCCGUCUCCGGCGCCAUCCGCUUGCAGAUCAGUGUGGAGAUCAAAGGUGAAGAGAAGGUGGCCCCCUACCACGUCCAGUACACCUGCCUUCACGAGAACCUCUUCCACCACCUGACGGACAUCCAGGAGAACGGGGUGGUGAAGAUCCCCGAAGCCAAAGGAGAUGAUGCCUGGAAGGUUUAUUUCGAUGAGACGGGCCAGGAGAUCGUGGACGAGUUUGCCAUCCGCUAUGGGAUCGAGUCGAUCUAUCAGGCCAUGACACACUUUGCCUGCCUCUCCUCCAAGUACAUGUGUCCAGGUGUGCCGGCCGUGAUGAGCACCUUGCUGGCCAACAUCAACGCUUACUACGCCCACACAACGGCCUCCACCAACGUGUCUGCCUCGGAUCGCUUUGCUGCCUCGAACUUUGGGAAAGAGCGGUUUGUGAAACUUCUGGAUCAGUUGCACAAUUCUCUCCGAAUCGACCUGUCCAUGUACAGGAACAAUUUCCCCGCCAGCAGCCGGGAACGUUUGCAGGACUUGAAAUCAACCGUGGACCUGCUAACAAGCAUCACAUUUUUCAGAAUGAAGGUGCAGGAACUGCAGAGCCCGCCUCGUGCCAGCCAGGUGGUGAAGGACUGUGUCAAAGCCUGCCUGAACUCCACCUACGAGUACAUCUUCAACAACUGCCACGAGCUGUACAGUCGCGAGUACCAGGCAGACCCCAACAAAGCCCCGGACGUGCCGCCCGAGGAGCAAGGGCCCUGCAUCAAGAACCUGGACUUCUGGCCCAAGCUCAUCACCCUGAUCGUCUCCAUCAUCGAGGAGGACAAGAACUCCUACGCCCCGGUCCUGAACCAGUUUCCUCAGGAGCUCGCAGUGGGGAAGAUCAGCGCUGAAGUCAUGUGGAAUCUGUUUGCUCAGGAUAUGAAAUACGCCAUGGAAGAGCACGAGAAGCACCGGUUGUGCAAGAGCGCCGAUUACAUGAACCUGCACUUCAAAGUGAAGUGGCUGUACAACGAAUACGUCUGCGACCUGCCGCCCUUUGAGGGGAAGGUGCCCGAGUACCCGGCGUGGUUUGAGCAGUUUGUCAUGCAGUGGCUGGAAGAGAACGAAGACGUGUCUCUGGAGUUCUUGCACGGAGCCCUGGAGAGAGACAAGAAAGACGGGUUCCAGCAGACGUCGGAGCACGCCCUCUUCUCCUGCUCGGUGGUGGACGUCUUCACCCAGCUCAACCAGAGCUUCGAGAUCCUCAAGAAGCUGGACUGCCCCGACCCGGCCAUCAUGGCCCACUACAUGCGGCGCUUCGCCAAGACCAUCGGGAAGGUGCUGAUGCAGUACGCGGACAUUGUCUCCAAGAGCUUCCAGUCCUACUGCUUCAAGGAGAAGCUGCCCUGCAUCCUGAUGAACAACGUCCAGCAACUGAGGGUGCAGCUGGAGAAGAUGUUCGAGUCCAUGGGUGGCAAAGAGCUGGAUCCAGAAGCCAGCGAUGCCCUGAAGGAGCUGCAGGUGAAACUGAACAACGUCCUGGAUGAGCUGAGCAUCAUCUUUGGCAACAGUUUCCAGAGCCGGAUUGAGGAGUGUGUGAAGCAGAUGUCCGACAUCCUGUGCCAAGUGAAGGGGGCCGGAAACGCCCCUCCUAACGUCGUGGCCCAAGAUGCAGACAACUUCCUGCGGCCCUUGAUGGACUUCCUGGAUGGGAACCUGACCCUGUUUGCUGACGUGUGUGAGAAGACGGUGCUGAAGCGGGUGCUGAAGGACCUCUGGAGGGUGGUGAUGAACACCCUGGAGAAGAUGAUCGUCCUGCCGCCGCUGGCCAGCCACACGGGGACCCAACUGAUUUUCAGCGCUGCUAAGGAUUUGGGACAUUUGUCGAAGCUGAAGGAUCACAUGGUCAGGGAGGAAACCCGGAGCCUCACCCCCAAGCAGUGCGCCGUGCUGGAGCUGGCCCUCGACACCAUCAAGCAAUAUUUCCACGCGGGAGGGAACGGCCUGAAGAAGACCUUCUUGGAGAAGAGUCCGGACCUGCAGUCCCUGCGCUACGCCCUCUCCCUCUACACCCAGACCACAGACACCCUCAUCAAGACUUUUGUCCAGACGCAGACUGCGCAAGGCUCCGGCAUGGACGACCCCGUGGGCGAAGUAUCUAUCCAGAUAGACCUGUACACACACCCGGGCACCGGAGAGCACAAGGUCACCGUCAAAGUUGUGGCAGCCAAUGACUUGAAGUGGCAGACCACCGGCAUGUUCCGCCCCUUUGUGGAGGUCACCAUGGUCGGACCACAUCAAAGCGACAAGAAGCGGAAAUUCACCACCAAGUCCAAGAGUAACAGCUGGUCUCCAAAGUACAACGAAACGUUCCACUUCUUGCUCGGGAACGAGGACGGGCCGGACGCCUACGAGCUGCAGAUCUGCGUGAAGGACUACUGCUUUGCGCGGGAGGACCGCGUGCUGGGCAUCUCUGUGAUGCAGCUGAGGGACGUGGCGGAUAAAGGGAGCUGCGCGUGCUGGUUCCCGCUGGGGCCCCGGGUGCACAUGGACGACACGGGGCUCACCAUUCUGCGGAUUCUCUCGCAGAGGACCAACGACGAGGUGGCCAAGGAGUUCGUCAAGCUGAAGUCUGAGUCCCGCUCGGCGGAGGAAGGGAGCUGAGCCCCCGGGGGCCCCACUCCACACACACCUGGUGCCAAGAAACACAGCCUUUGACCUGCUGACCUCCCAGGUGGACCUCGUCUCCCUGCACUCUGCAGAAGAUACCUGAGUGAUGCAGAGGUGGGGGUGAAGGAGGGGCUGCCCCUUGGCAUUCCCAGAUGGUUGAACUGCCAUGUUAAGCAAGAACAUUUCUUCUCCGGAGGGCAGAGAUGAGGGGGCUUACAAUGGGGGGGGGGGGGUUGGAGGAAGUUUUAACCCUCCAUGUUCCAGACUGGCCUAGAUUCUGGCAAACUCCAGAGAAUGUGAGUGGGGUAGAGUUAGCCUGGGCAGUGGUCAGGUGGCUGAGGUGGACUCACGUGGCAGCUGCAUCUUGCCUGUUGUGUAGCUGUUGCCCGGCUCUGCACACAGGACCUCUGGAAAGGGCUCCUAACUGCCCACUUAGAUCAGAAGUGACCGACAGCCCUUCCGUCCAGCUGGGAAAGGGACUCCGUGCUGACCAAAAAUCUCCGCCCCUCCCCUCCCCCGAUUGUUCUCUGUCUGUUGGGGCUGCCUUAUUUCCCACCCAGUGCUGUUCUUGUCCUGGAGAGCCCCCCCUCCGCCCCCCUCCCCCAGCCAGGGGCUGCUAUUAAGCACUGCAGGGAGCAGUCCACACGGGAUGGCGCUCUCCCGGGGAGCCAUUUUGCACUCUGCUCCAGGCAUGUCUCAGUCUGGUCCAGUAGCUCUUUCAAUAAGCACCAGAGUUCUCUGCACAUGGGGGGAGGGGUCUGUAAAUAUUGGGGGGGGGGGCUUGUUUUUCUAUUUUUGUCUUGGCCCUGGAACACACCGCCGUAUGAUAGGAACCUUCUGUCUCUCAAACACACGUCCGGAUGCUGCUGGGCUCGGCUCUCGUCUCUGGGUGGAGCAGAAGGGGGCUCUCAGAGGAAGCACCACCAACUCCUUGUUGUGAUUUCUCAUCCCUGUUUUUAUGUGCCAGUGUUGCAGGAAGCGGCUGACGUAGCCUGGAAUAAAUUAUCUUGGAGUAGCA